AGUCCUGGCUCCCAGCCCCGCCCCCCAUUAACCCCUGCACCCCACUCCCUCCAAGCAGGGAUUGCUCUCGCUGCUCCAUGGAGCCCCCAGCGCCCCUCUCCCCGGGCCCAGCCAGCCCCAACGUGCAGCGUGCAGGGGCACGCGGGGUUAAUGCUCCCCCCUUCCGCGCCUCCCGCCAGGCUCACCCUGCUAUUACAGCUGCCCCGUCAGCGGGGCGGGGGGACGUGGCCCAGGCCUGGCCCCGGCUCCCCUGCACACGUGUUCCCAGCCGGCGCGGGCAGAGCCGCCCUGAGCCCCCCACGCAGGGCACUGCCAUGGGGCCCGGGGCCACAGCACUGGGGGCCCUGCUGCUGCUGCUGGGCCAGGACCCCUGGGUCCUCCCCCACCCCCAGUGCCUGGACUACAAGCCGCCCUUCCAGCCCCCCCAGCCCCUGGCCUUCUGCCCCGAGUACUCUGCCUUCGGCUGCUGCGACGGCCGGCGGGACGCCCAGCUGAGCGCCAGGUUCCAGGUGCUGGGCACCUUCCUGGCCCCUGCCGGCCUGCGGAGCUGCGGGCCCUUCCUGCGUGACCUGCUGUGCCAGGAGUGCUCGCCCUACGCUGCCCACUUGUACGAUGCGGAGGACAUGAGCUCCCCGGUGCGGGCGCUGCCCGGCCUGUGCCCCGCGUACUGCGCGGCCCUCUGGCUCCGGUGCCGCUCUGCGCUGAGCCUCCUCACCGAGGACCCCGCCAGCCUGGCGCUGGAGAGCGACCGCGCCCGCUUCUGCGGCGCCCUGGAGCUGGGCGACCCCAGCUACUGCUACCCGGCGGUGGUGGGCAGCGCGGCGCUGAGCCAGGGGCUGGGCCAGGUGCGGGAGGGCGCCCGCGGCUGCCUGCAGCUCUGCCUGCGGGAGGUGGCCAACGGGCUGCGGAACCCCGUGGCCAUGGUGCACGCCGGGGACGGCUCCCACCGCUUCUUCGUGGCCGAGCAGCGGGGCUGCGUCUGGGUCUUCCAGCCCAACGGCUCGCGGGCCGCGCGCCCCUUCCUGGACCUGCGGGCGGCCGUGCUCACCUCACCCUGGGCGGGCGACGAGCGGGGCUUCCUGAGCCUGGCCUUCCACCCCCGCUUCCAUGCCACCCGCACCUUCUACGUCUACUACUCCGCCCGCGCCGGGCCCCACGAGACCAUCCGCGUCUCCCAGUUCCGCGUCUCGCCCCACGACCCCAACGCCGCCGACCCCCGCUCCGAGAGGAUCCUCCUGGAGGUGCUGGAGCCCGCGUCGAACCACAACGGGGGGCAGCUGCUGUUUGGGGCCGAUGAGCUGCUCUACAUCUUCACGGGGGACGGGGGGCGAGCGGGGGACCCCUUUGGCGCCUUCGGCAACGCCCAGAACAAGUCGUCCCUGCUGGGCAAGGUGCUGCGGAUCGACGUGGAGCCGGGGGCCGGGGGCCCCCCCUACCGCAUCCCGCCCGACAACCCCUUUGUGGGGCAGCCCGGGGCCCGGCCCGAGGUCUACGCCUACGGGGUGCGGAACAUGUGGCGCUGCUCCGUGGACAGGGGCGACCCCGUGAGCGGCGCCGGGCGCGGGCGCAUCCUCUGCGGGGACGUGGGGCAGAACAAGUACGAGGAGGUGGACGUCAUCGCCCCGGGCGCCAACUAUGGCUGGCGGGCGAAGGAAGGGUUUGCCUGCUACGACCCGGUGCUGUGCGCCAACGCCUCGCUCGACGAUGUCCCCCCCAUAUUCGCCUAUUCGCACCAGCUGGGGCGCUCGGUGACGGGGGGCUACGUGUACCGGGGCUGCCACAGCCCCAACCUGCGUGGCCACUACAUCUUCGGGGACUUCAUGAGCGGACGCCUGAUGUCGCUGCGGGAGGAGGCUGGCUCCGGGGGCUGGCACUACAAGGAGCUGUGCGCGGGCCAGGGCCAGACCUGCGCCUUCCCCGGCCUCCUCAACCACUACGUGCCCCACAUCAUCUCCUUCGCCGAGGACGAGGCCGGUGAGCUGUAUUUCCUCUCCACGGCCAUCCCUCGUGCGGCAGUGCCAGCCGGGGUCUUGUACCAGAUUGUGGACCCCUCCAGGCGGGCGUCCCCUGGACAGUGCGGGAUCAGCCCUGUGCCCGUCCCCAUCCAAGGGAAGCUGGUCCACUUCCGCCCAUCACAGAAAUUCAUCACACCGGCCCCGCUGCCCACAGGGACCACCCCACUGCUUGGCACCGGCUCAGAACCGACAGGCACAGCUGGACCCCCCAUGGUGCCUGUCACCCACCCCCCAGGCCUCAGCCCCCCCUACCCAGGCCCAGAGCCCCCUGUGCCCCCUGCAGUGCCCUCGGCCCUGCCCAGCCCAGCUGUAGCUGCCAGGCCCCCAGCGCACCCGGACUCUGGGGUGCUGCAGGUGUUUCCCACACCCUGGCCAGGGCCGAGCCUGCCCCCCACCACCCCCAACUGGUACCAGCAGCUGCUGGAGCGCCUGGGGGCCAACAGCAGCCCAUGGAGCCGCACCUACCGGCCCCCCCGCACAAGGCCACCCCCUCCAACCCACAACCCCCCCCUUUCCCCCACACCCACCUCCAGCCCAGCACGGGGCCGCCCCCCAUAA